AUGGCAGAUCGGCCACACCGAGGCGGCCACGGCGGCCAUAGAGGGGCACGCGGCGGCGGCGGCGGCGGACGCGGAGGAGGCCGAGGCGGCGGGGCGGCGGCGGCACAGGGGCAGGGACAGGGCCAGGGACAGCAGGGCCAGGACAAAGAGCGGCCCAAGAAGGAGAACAUCCUCGACCUCAAGAAGUACAUGGAUAAGCGCAUCACCGUCAAGUUCAACGGCGGCCGGGAAGCGACGGGCGUGUUGAAGGGGUAUGAUGCGCUGAUGAACCUGGUGUUGGAUGAGGUUGAGGAGCUGCUGCGAGGCAACGAGAUGACCAGGCCGCUGGGGCUCGUGGUAGUGCGCGGCACGCUGCUCGUUGUGAUCAGCCCCGUCGACGGGAGCGAGGUGAUAGCCAAUCCGUUCCUUCAAGCCGAGGACGAGUGA